GAUAAUUAUACGUCUCCUAAUACACCUCGUGCGUGGUAAAUUACUCAAUCGGGCCGGUAGCUGCUCUGUUUAGUAUUUCGGGACGGCUGUAUGGUGCACGUGUGGAAAAUGCACAUGGCCGAUAGAUGACCGGAAAAGUGAUUUUCACGAAAAUUUCGUUGCGGGAAACGGAGAUUUUCUUGCAGGAACCGACUCGAUUUAUGUGAUGAACUUCAUCGCUAUUACAGACAGUGUAGUUUAAUUCUCGUUACCGAGCGUUUUCGCUUAUCGGUGGAAAUUGGUUAGCACACUUCGAUAUCCGCUGUCGGCUAGCAGUGUGUAGGACGAUGGAUAGUGAGGUAGAAAUGGACCUGAGUACCAGGCAGCGGGGUCAGGAAACUUCUUGUAAAAUUCGCACAGCAAAAUCUGUGUUUUCUAUCAGCAACCUCGUUGAUGUGGACGAGAAUCAUAAAGGAAGUAUCGACCAGAAUGGAGGACAUGCCGAACCAGCUGAACAGAAAGAGACCCCAGAUAACAUGGGAAUAUCAGAGGAAAUAACGCCCAGCGCGGGAAUAGAACCGCGUACGUUGCAGGCCGAUCAAAGCGACGGGAGUGAGGCGGAAACGGACGAGUUCGCGCCCAAGAGGAAACAGAGGAGGUAUCGCACCACUUUUACAAGCUACCAGUUAGAGGAAUUGGAGAAGGCAUUUUCUAGGACGCAUUACCCAGAUGUUUUCACAAGGGAGGAACUUGCAAUGAAGAUUGGACUCACAGAGGCUAGAAUACAAGUGUGGUUCCAAAACAGAAGAGCCAAAUGGAGAAAACAAGAAAAGGUGGGACCUACUGGCCACCCUUACAACCCAUACUUAACAACAAGUAGUGGAUCUCCUGCUCAAUCUGUGGUGGCCUCUAGCCUUCCAAACCCUUUCAACUUACCCUUUGGACUCAGAAAGCCCUUCGAUGCCCUAUCUUUUCGAUAUCCACCACACGUGCUUCCUGGUUAUCUACCAUCGCCACCACCUUAUCAUAGGGGAGGUCCACCCCAUCUUCUACCUCCUUCUGUUGGCCUCUAUCCCUCAGCGAGCUCUUUCCAGACGCUUCUGGCUAACAUUUCGGCAGCUCAAAGACCAAAGUUGCCACCUCCACAAGAAUUCGCCACAUCACCACCACUUUCUCCAGAAACUUCUAGCGCUGUAACACCUCCAGAUGUUGACAGGAGGACGUCUAGUAUAGCCACCCUCAGACUUAAGGCUAGGGAACACGAGCUUAGAUUGGAAAUGCUCAGGCAGAAUGGAGAUCUGAUAAGUUAAUGCGGUUACAUGGAAGAACCAAUCGGGCUUAAAGUGUCGCGAAAUAUUUUUCGCUAAUUCUAGAUUUUUGUCGAUAUUAACUACACUCUAGAGAUGAGAGGUAGUUUGGAAGACUCGUUAUAUUAAGAUGAUAUGUAAGAUUAUACACUAUUGGUUUAGGAGAAGCUGAUAUUCAGAGUAGAAUAAAUUACAAGCAUCAUGAAUUGAACUAAUUGAUUUGAUACCAACCAAUUCUUUUAUUUUGAGAGUUUUUGUUCAGAGCAAUUCAAGAAACUCGAUAUUAUGUACAUAAUAAGCAAUUUCUCGAAUAUCGUCAGAAUAACGUAAAGCUCUGAAAUGAAUGAAGGGAUAACAACAUUUCUGGAUUUUUGAAAAUCUCAACUUGAAUUUAGAUACACAAUGCAUAAAAAACAAAUCAUCGAUAAUAAAAAAAAAUUGAAGAAUCCGAUAGAAUCAAAUGAAAUAUUUCAAAAAAUUGAUGUACGAAACCUUUUAAAAGCAGGAAGAAACUACUGAUCAUAGUAAACACUAUACCAGACUUUCUGAAUUUGAAAUCGAAUGUCUGAAUUCAGCUUCUACUCUUCGAAUGAAUUGAAAUUCCAUUCAUUUAAUCAGUUUUUAAGUUGCAUUCAUAUAGCGGAAUAUCUAACCUAAGUAUGAGAUACCCUUAGACUGUUCUAAGGGGAUACCCAAUAUUCAAAUACUUUCUUGUAAUGUGCGCUUAACAGUGCUGUCUAUAGAAUGAUCAAGAGAUUCAAGGUUACAAUAGUUUGCUAUGUUUUGUGAAUAUGUUAUUCAGGAUGUUAUGCUUAGGAAGUUUUCUGCUCAUAUGUGUUCGGCUGUAUGAAUACGGCUAUAUUUGAUUUGUUUCUUUAACAGACCGAAUGUUUGAAUGAUUUUCCGGAAGAUAGGAAUUGAUAAUGUAUUUAUUUAUGUUAUAUAAAUUUUGAAUAUACUCGUUCAACAAAAAGGUGUAGCUAACGAUUUAUAGUGAAAUUAGUAUUUCUAUUUUUUGUACAGUUGAUUUGUUAAUUAAUUAUAUUAGUCUUAAGUGAAACGAAUCUUGUUAAAAUUUCAGUAUUUACGAAAAUAUAUGUAUAUUAUAUUGUAAUGAGUUAAUGAAUCCGUCCUAUAAAGUAUUCGAACAAUAAAAAAUUUUCAUGUAA